UUCGGUCAUCGUGCGGUGUUUGUAACACGAUUUUUUACCACGGCGUGAUGUGGAGAAAGUACUCAGACAAACUUCUUGCACUUUGAGCAAGAACGCUCAAAUAUUACAGCUCUUCUAUUUUCCGAGUCUUUGAUUAAAAAAAAACAACAAAAAACGCAGAACUGUGUGUGGCAGACGUGUUGACUUCCUAUCGCUGCUUCGGAGGAUUAACAGUCCGCUAAAGGGUGUUUAAGCUAGCUGUCAGUGACUAAUUGAACCUGACGGCUAACGAGCUGCCUCUUCUCUGGACACACAUCGUUGUUUUCUCUGGAAACUUUUACAGAAAUGCAAGACGGGGAGAUCUACGUGUCUGCUCCGGGGAAGGCGAUCCUCCACGGGGAGCAUGCAGUUGUGCACGGAAAGGUGGCUCUUGCUGUGAGUUUGAACCUGAGAACAUAUUUACACUUGAACACCAACAACGAUGGCAAAGUUUGUAUCAACCUCCCAAAUAUUGACACAUUCCUGAGCUGGGACCUGUCUGAACUGAAGCAGCUUAUUCCUUAUAUGUGUGGUAAAAGAGAGGAGGCCAAACGUCUGGAUGCUGAACUCCUGAGGAGGCUACGUGAAUUUCUGGAUAUAUCCAAUGGAAGCUUGGAUACGUGCAACAUGGCCAUCUUAGCCUUCCUCUACAUCUACCUCUCACUGUUUAGAUUAAGUGAGCUGCCCAGCCUGAAGGUGUCUGUGUGGUCGGAGCUGCCGACUGGAGCAGGACUCGGGUCGAGUGCUGCCUACUCUGUGUGUUUAGCUGCAUCUCUGCUCACUGUGAGCGGAGCCAUUCCUGCCCCUCUCAAAGAGUGGGACCACACCGCCAGGUGGUGUCAGGAGGACCUGGAGCUGAUCAACAGCUGGGCUUUCCAAGGGGAGAUGAUCAUCCACGGUAAUCCUUCAGGAGUGGACAACGCUGUAGGAACAUGGGGUGGCAUGCUGAGAUUCUUGGCCGGGAAGAUAAUACCACUGAGCAGGGUGCCGCUUUUAAGGAUCCUCCUCACUAACACCAAAGUACCACGUAGCACCAAGGUACUUGUUGCCAGGGUGAAGGACAAGAUUAACAAGUUUCCUUCUGUCAUGACCCCAGUACUGGACUCAGUUGAUGCCAUUUCCUGCACAUGUGAGAAAGUCCUCUCAGAGAUGACCAGCGAGCCCAUCACAGGAGAACACUACAAUAUUCUUGAGGAGCUCAUUGACAUUAACCAGCACCACCUGAACGUGAUGGGUGUGGGACAUCCUGCCCUGGACACUCUGUGCCGGGUCACACUGGCUAAAGGGCUGCACAGCAAGCUAACCGGCGCCGGGGGAGGAGGCUGUGGCAUCACCCUGCUACGACCAGAGACCGACUCUUCCGUUGUCCAGACUACAGCGCAGGACUUGAAAGACUGCGGCUUCGACUGCUGGGAAACGAGUAUCGGUGGGCCGGGUGUCCAGCAGCACUCUCCUCUCUCUGUGAAGGAGGAAGUUCUGGAGAUUUUAAACCGUUACUGAGAAACCACAUGUGACUCUGGCUGAUCAAGAGGAUGGACGCGCUGUUCGUCUUUUCUGUCGUUUCAGUGCUCUGCUAAUGAACUGUGAGUAACGGACUCUCACAACAAGUGGAGCUGGACGGAACUUCCUCAACUAUUAAUUACAGAUUUUACUGACUGAUCGCUUUGAAAACUAACACGAGAAUGACAAUGAAGAGGUAUUUAUUUUUUGUUAAUCAUACUCAAUGUACAACUACAUGCACUGAGUGGUUUGUCCACUAGGUGGCAUCAGAGUGUCAUGAAUGUUUUUUUUUUUUAUAAACAGGAUUCACAGUGAGAGGCUCUGAUAAAUUGAUUAAUGUGCAAGUGAAGCACCGGCAGAAUUAAUUUAUAGUUUCAUCCAAAUGUUUUAAAGCAGGAGCGCCAACCUGUCUUAAUGGAUUAAAUGAUUGUUUAAUCAUCAUUAAUCGCUCACUGCUGGCAUUGUAUAAUGCAAUAUUGUUGGAUAGCUGCUAGAAUGAAAGUGGUAAUUUGUAGAAUUCAUCUUACAGCAAUAAUAAUGUUUGAUUAAUGUUGUUCUUUGACAAAACUCAAGGCCCAUUAUUCAGAUUUUUUCUGUGGGCGUCACAGUUCUUCAAACAGGUUUAUGAAAGUGGCCGUGCUUUCUUAUCCCUCUGUCUCAUGAACAUUGUUGGUGAGAACAUGUUUUAAAGGGCCGAGGUUGGGAAGUUAUAAUGUCAUGAACUGACCCUGAGGAGUAUUUGCAUAAGAUAUUCUUAAAGGUGCACUUCGUAGUUUCGGGGAAGGGAUUUUAAUAAAGAAAUGAGAUGAAUUUUAAUGCCUAAACAAACUAAAAUAAACAAACUCUCUUUGUUUUCA